AAUUAUUCACGAAUAAGACCCAAAAAAUUCUGUUGUUUGUACUUUUUUAGCUGAGCUCACGGGACCCGGGAAUCUGGGAUCUCUGAGAUCUGAUUUCGGAGCCGUGUUCUUCGGGAUUCUGACAAUGGUGAAGCCGCCGAAGUUGAAUAAAGAGAAUCAUGUGAUAGAAAUGUUCGGAGAUAAGAGGGAAGACCCAUACUACUGGCUUCGAAAUCUAUCCAGUCCCGAGUUCAAAUCUUACCUUGGAAGGGAGAGCCGGUAUACUCAGUUCAGAUAUACCCAGUUCAAAUCUUACCUUGAACGUGAGAACCUGUAUUCCCAGUUCAUGAUGUCCGAUUCCAAAUUUUUUGAAGAUGAUCUAUAUAAGGAAAUGAAAGGGAAGAUGAACAUAGAGGAUGAUGGUGAUGAGAUUGUGGGUGAGCGAAGAAGGCCUAAAUACUACCACCAACGAUGGAGUCCGAUGGGCAAGAAUGCAGCGGGGUUCAACAUGGGGUCCAGUUUUGAGCUUUAUUAUAAGCCGGAGGCUGACGCUAAUGACUUUGAAGGAAAUGAGAUUUUUACGAUUUCUAUCUUUGAUCGCACUGAACAUACUGUGGAAACUCUUGAGGGUGUCACUGACAGUUUUGAAUGGGUUAAUGAAGAAGCUUUGGUUUACAUCGCCUUGGAGAAAAAAACUCUCCGCCCUUACAAGGCUUAUUUACAUAUAUUGGGAACAGAACAAGCAAGCGAUACCCCUCUUUAUGAAGAAGAGGAUGAUAAGUUUUCUCUUAAUGUUCGUGCUUCUGAGAGCAAGAAAUUUUUGUUUGUUACAUCUGUAAGUAAAACUACAAGUUUCAACUUUUAUCUUGAUGUUUCAAAGCAUGAUGUUUCGAAGCAUGAAUAUCGACUUGAAGUUCUCACACCUCGUGAAGAUGGCAUUGACACCUAUGUCAGCCAUCGUGGGAAUCAUUUUUUUAUCGUGAGGAGGACUGAUGAGUAUUUCAAUUCUGAAGUUGUAGCUUGUCUUCUGGAUAAAACAGCGGAAACUAUAGUUCUUCCACACAGGGAAAGAAUAAAGAUUCAGGAUAUAGAACUCUUUAAGGAUCAUCUCGUUGUAUAUGAGCGUGUGAAUGGUCUUCCAAUAGUAACUAUAUAUGGCCUUCCGAAUGUUGAAGAACCGGUUAUGAGACUUCAACAUUGUGUUCAUGUUCAGUUCGAUGAUCCUACAUACUUUGUGGAACGAUUAGGGUCAGAGUUUAAUUCCAGCUUUUUACAACUUCGCUAUAGCACAUUAAAGACUCCUCCCUUAGAGUAUGAAGUUGAUAUGAAGACAGGCAAUAAGGUCAAGAAGAAUGAAAAAGUGUUGGAAAAUUUUGAUGCAUCAAAUUAUGUUAUUGAAAGAAAAUGGGCAAAUGCACAAGAUGGCACUGAGAUUCCUAUAUCAAUUGUUUAUCAUCAGGAUCUUGUGAAACUUGAUGGGUCAGCUCCAUUACUACUUACUGGUUAUGGUUCUUAUGAGACAUGCACAGAACCCCAUUUCGAGGAAUCAAGGCUGUCUUUAUUAGAUCGGGGUUUCAUUUAUGCAAUAGCUCACAUCCGUGGAGGUGGUGAAAUGGGAAGGAAGUGGUAUGAGAAUGGGAAGUUGUUGAAGAAAGAAAAUACUUUCACUGAUUUUAUUCAUUGCGCUGAAUACUUAACAGAAAACAAGUACUGUUCAAAGGAAAAAUUGAGCAUUAUUGGAGGCAGUGCAGGAGGGUUGCUUAUUGGUGUUGUUCUUAAUAUGAGGCCUGAUUUAUUCAAGGUUGCUGUGGCUGAAGUACCUUUUGUAGAUGUUUUGACUACAAUGUUGGACCCAACUAUUCCCAUGACCACUUUGGAGUGGGAGGAAUGGGGUGACCCCCGGGAGGAGGGUUUUUACAAAUACAUGAAGUCAUAUUCCCCUGUUGAUAAUGUCAAGGCAACCAAUUAUCCCAACAUUCUUGUAACAACUGGUUUUAAUGAUACACGUGUUUUGUGUUCAGAACCUACUAAGUUUGUAGCGAAACUGAGGGAUCGGAAGACUGAUGAUAACCUACUGUUGUUUAAAUGCGACUUUCAUGCUGGGCAUCUUCCAAAGUCGAGAGAUGCGAAGCUACAAGGAGAUGCAUUCAAGUAUGCUUUUAUAAUGAAGUCUCUAAAUAUGAUUCCGAACCCUGGAUCUGACCAGAAUUGAUUAAUUGUUGCGUUAGAAAUGAUGCUGUGAAAUGGUGUCCGCAACAUCUUUACUAGUGUUUUUACUUUCUUUUUUUUAUAUAGAUCUAUUACUACGUUCUCAAAUGGCUAAACAUUUUAUACCCCCACAAAUUUGAAAUAAUGCCUGAGCUGAUUAUUAUUGGAGUUAA